ACUAAAACCACAAAAAAUCGUACAAACACAAACAUCUUCUUCAACCUUUCGUAUCUUCAUCUAGGUUUUCAACUUUAAAUUCCAAUGGAUUUCACAAAAAAACGCAAAGCCGACGAAAACGGCACCGUCGUCACCUCUCCGUCAAACGGCGCCGCCUUAUCCCCACAAGACAUCCGCAAACUAAUCGAACCAUUCACAAAAGAGCAGCUUCUCGAAAUCGUCCAAACCGCCGCCGCACAACACUCCGACGUACUCGACUCCGUCCGAACCCUAGCCGACAGCGACGUCUCGCUCCGAAAACUCUUCAUUCGCGGCCUCUCCUCCGACACAACAACCGAAACAAUCCGAAAUCUAUUCAGCAACUACGGCGAACUCGAGGAGGCAAUUGUAAUAUUCGAUAAGAAUACAGGUAAAUCGAAAGGGUUUGGUUUUAUUACGUUCAAACACGUGGACGGUUCCUUAAUUGCUUUAAAAGAACCUAGUAAAAAAAUUGAUGGUAGGAUGACUGUUACUCAAUUAGCUUCUGCUGGUUUAUCUAAUAAUAGUAAUUCCGGUAGCGUUAGUAGCGGCGAUGUGUCGUCGCGGAAAAUAUAUGUUGGGAAUGUUCCGUAUGAUAUUCCUUCUGAUAGAUUGUUAGGGUAUUUCUUGAAUUUUGGUGAGGUUGAGGAGGGGCCGUUAGGGUUUGAUAAAACUACGGGGAAAUCUAAGGGUUUUGCGUUUAUUAUAUAUAAGAAUGAGGAUGGUGCUAAGGCUGCGAUUUCUGAUCCUGUUAAGAUCAUUGAUGGCCAUCAAGUUGUUUGUAAAAUGGCAGUUGAUAAUAAUAAGAAAGUUAAGACUCAUCAUGGUGAUGGUAAUGUACAAGGGCAGCAAUCGCAGGCUCAGCCUUUGCCACACCAACAACAGCAAGGAUCGAUGGGUGGGAAUCAGUACGGUGGCGGUGUUCCCGGGAAUAUGCAACCUUAUGGAGGGUAUAGUGGAAAUGGAUAUGGAAUGAAUUCUUCGGUGCCGGUUGGUGGAGGAGGUUAUGGCGGUGGUCCGUAUGGGUAUGGAGGAGGUCCGAGUUCUGGUGAGUUUGGUGGAAUGAAUAAUGCAGGGAAUUCAAUGUAUAGGAUGAAUCCUGGUUCUGGUGGAAUGGCUCCUGGAGGAUAUUCAGAUGGUGGGGCUUAUGGGUUAUCGCAGUCUCAUCAGCCUUCAUCUUUGCCCCCUAGAGUUCCACCUGGAGGGAUGUAUCAGGGCAUGCCACCAUAUUACUGAGGUGUAUGAGAGCUUCUGGACACAAAUGCUUUAAAUGGUUAUCGUGAUUUGGUGAAUGCAGACAAUGAAAUCUUUGGUUUAAUUGUGUGGACUGCUGUGCUUUUGUUGCUGCUUCAUUUCAUCUACUUCCUUGAGUUGUGGUUUCUCUUUGUGAUAGAUGCUACUUGAUUUUGUAGUAGUUAGUUUAGUGACUAGAACAGUAUUAUUUCCUUCUCUUUGGAAGCAUUGCAGAACUGUUGUGGUGUUUGAUAUAUUUGUCUUUAGUUGUUGGAAUUUCUUAGCUGAAUGCUGUUACGUUUUUGUGCUAUAUGUGCUUCCUCAAGCUAAUAGUCGAUAUUUGAGAUUGCUCUA